AGUCGCACUGGUCUUUGUUUACACGCGAAAUAAUCUCAAAACAUUUUGUUAAAUCUCUGAUAAAACAUUGCGUGGGGCCUGGAGAAAUGUUGCAACUGUUGCAAUAGUUAGAUUAGUUAAUGCUGCCGCAGCAGCCGCAUCUGCUGGCCGAGAAGCAGACGCGACACCGCGCCCCGGCGACCACUUGUUGUUGUUGUUGUUGUUGUGGACAUUUACGGAUGCUGGAACUGAAAUUAUAAUUAAACCGAUAAACUAUAACAAUUAAAGUUGGCUUAUAGGCAAAGUGCAGUAGCUGCCACGCGCUUAGUGCUGUAGUCGUGUGUGGAAACAGAGCAACCGAAGUGCGUCAUGGAAUCUUAAUUUUGACAGCAAACUAAAAAAAUCGCCAAAAACCGAAACGUCGUCGUCGUCGUCGCCGCCGUAGCAGCAGCAGCAGUAAAACUAAUUUAAAUUCAUUUUUAAAGCAACAAUUGUGAGGGGACAGAGGCAGAAGAGAGAGCGCACAAAUCUGCGAUUAACUAGCAAUUGCUUUAUUAUUGCCUGUUACCCCAGUCAAGUAAUAACAGUUGAGACACACGCAAAGAUAAACAUCGGAUUGGAUUAUGGCGGGACAGAGCAAGCUAUUGGACCCACUGUGCAUCAGCUGCAAGGAUUUCCAGCACCCAUGGACCGAUCAUUGUGCGAAUGCCACCGCCGGGAUAUUGCUCUCGGCCACGCCCUACUGUCUACGCGUCUACACAGUGGUCUAUGCCUUGUCCUUGCUGAUGCGCAAUCGUAUACCCACCAUGACUGAUCUCAAGCGCACCCUUUUGGGCAUUAUACAGUCGACGGCUUUCCUGGUGACCAACGCGUACACCUUCAUUCUGUACAAUUGCUUGCUCCGGCACAUGCUCGGGCGCUAUCACUUCACCACAGUGGCCUUUGUGCCCUGCUUAUUGGCCUCGUUCACGGCCAUUCUUGUGGAGCGUCCAGCCCGUCGUCCGCUUCUAACUUUGUAUGUAGCCAACGUGGCUACGGAGGCGCUCUGGAAGAUGGCCGAAUCCCGCGGCUGGGUGCGGUCCAUUCCAAACGGUCAGACGUUCAUUUUUGGACUGAGCAUGUCGGCCCUGCUGUAUAUAUACCGACGUGGAAAAACCGAAGACUCGAUCUUUAACAUUCUGCGCCAUUUCGUGGGCAAGGAGGAGGCCGGACCAAUAGUCAACGAUGAGGAGACAUUGCCCGGCGAGCAGCCAGCUCCGCCGCGACACCGUCCCAGCGUCAGCUUCUCGACCGUCUCCGAUUGGGUGCGCGUCUACAGCAAUCUCCUACAAGCCAAGCACUCCAGCUGCCGUCACAAACAGAGCUGCAUUGUCUACUCCAUCAGUGGCGGCAUCAAGCCAUUUGUGGGUGGCGUUGUUCUCCAGGUGGCCCUCAAGCUGGUGAUGAAUGUCAGCAAGAUAGCCAGUGGCAAAAUGAAAUGGAAGAAGCACAUCUUUGAUCGCAGCAUCUUGCCGUUGGGCAUCUUUAUGGGCAGCUUCUCUUUUCUCUAUAAGUCUCUUUCCUGUCUGCUACGCCAUAGCUUCAAUAGAGAUGAUGCCAUGUUCGCCAUUCCCGCUGGUCUGGUGGCUUCCUUGGCCUUCACCAAGUAUCCAGACAACACAGUGGCUCUGUAUGUCAUGUGGAAGGCUCUGCAGAUACUCUGUUCGAUUGGCCAGGCGAAGGGCAUCGUACCAGUCGUACCCAAUUUUAUGCUCUACCUUUACUCAUUCUUCACGGCCGUGCUCUUCCAUGCGGGCAUUGUAGAGCCAAAGGCUCUGCGCCCCAGCUACUACAAGUUUCUGCAAGCCAUUUCGGGAGAUAGACUGAGCCGCUUUAAUCUAAGCGCCUUCGAUGUGUUCGGUCUCAGCACACAGCAACAGGCGAUGGACACCAUCAAGUCAUUGAAAAUUGUCGAGAAGUCAAUACUCCCAGCGUUCCCGUUUGCUUCUUAAGCAGAUAGCCAACCAUCUAUACAACCUAUUUGUACAUUCAGUUUCAUGUGUCAGCCAGGCGCUGGACGCGCCUCUCCAUAUCCAUAUUGCGAGUACAUAUUACAGGCGUGUAUAUAUCUAAGAGUCUCUCUAACUAUCCAUCUCUCUGGGUGUGUCUCUGUGCUGUACGUUCAACGUUUCAGUUCUUUGCCACACGGAUCACUAAGCUAAGCGAUGUUAUCACUUGUCGGGAAGGGGGGUGCACUGUAAAUUAUUUUCGACUGUUUUUUUGGUACCAGUUUUCAAUAAAAACUUAUGUCUAACUAA